CGCUUCCGCCAGGCCGGGGGGCGGGAGGGGGCGGCGCUCUGGCCCGCCCACUCGCUGACCUCGGGGCCUGGAGGACUCGGCGGCGGCUGAUGGCGGCGCUGGCUGCGGGGCUGCGGGGGGGACCUCUCCGCCUGCUGGCCCGGCCGAUGGCGUCGCAGGCGGGGGGGGCGCCGCCGCCGCCCCCCCGGGACCGCUCCUUUGAGACCCUGCGGGUGACCCCCGAGCGCGAGCACGUCGUGCACGUGGAGCUGCACCGCCCCGAGAAGCGGAACGCCAUGAACGCCGCCUUCUGGAGGGAGAUGGUGGAGUGCUUCCAGGGCAUCGCGCAGGACCCCGCCUGCCGUGCCGUCGUCAUCUCGGGGGCCGGGAAGAUCUUCACGGCAGGGAUUGACCUGGUGGAGAUGGGCAGCGAGUUCCUGAUGGUGGGGGGCGAGGACACGGCGCGCAAAGCCUGGCAGCUGCAGCAGAAGAUCCGCCAGUACCAGGAGAGCUUCUCGGUGCUGGAGAAGUGCCCCAAGCCGGUGAUUGCUGCCGUGCACGGCGCCUGCAUUGGUGGAGGCGUCGACCUCAUCUCUGCCUGCGACAUCCGCUACUGCACCGAAGACGCCUGGUUCCAGGUGAAGGAGGUGGACAUAGGGCUGGCGGCCGACGUGGGCACCCUGCAGCGCCUCCCGAAGAUCGUGGGCAGCCAGAGCCUUGUCAACGAGCUGGCCUUCACCGCGCGCAAGAUGAUGGCCCCUGAGGCGCAGAGCUGCGGCCUGGUGAGCCGCGUCUUCCCGGACAAGGCGGCGCUGCUGCGGGGCGCCCUGGAGCUGGCGGCCGCCAUCGCGGCGCGGAGCCCGGUGGCCGUGCAGGGCACCAAGGUGAACCUGGUGUACUCGCGGGACCACCCAGUCCACGACAGCCUCCGCUUCAUGGCCGCCUGGAACAUGAGCAUGCUGCAGACCGACGACAUCCUCAAGUCGGCGCAGGCGGCCAUGGAGAAGAAGCGCCCCGAGGACGUCGCCUACGCCAAGCUGUAGGGUCGGCGCGGCCCCUCCGCAAUAAACGCGGCUGUGCCCCCG